CUUUUAUUUUCUCAAUUAACUUCUUUACAAGAAUGUCCUUGGUGGCAUUUGGCAUAAUUUGACCCAUCCUACGCAAGGUUGUCCUUAACAAGUCAGCCUUCUUAAAUGAAACUAGAAAUGUAAAUUUUCAUGAUAAAACAUCAUUCAGGAAAAUAUUUGGUAUUAUCUAUUACAUCUUGCAGUAGGUGACAUUUUGUAGACAAGCCAGCCCAUUUGGCAUUUGAGAGAGCAAGAAAUCAUUUGGUUUACCUUAAGUACCCUUGAGAAAACUGAAAUAAAAGAAAGGAUUGGAUAGAAACCAACAAGGUGCAAAAAUGAACUCGAUUAUUAACUCAAAAAUAAUAACAAUAAAAUAAAGGAUUAGGGGUAGAGGGACAUUUCUGAGACUUCACAGUGCCAUUUUCAAAAACCAGAGAAAAAUACGGGAAAGUGGGGCUCCUUUGUGGAGGGUAGUGGGAAUAACCGUCUUUAACUGUCACUCCAUUACAAAGUUAAGGAAUAAUACACGGAGAGGUAGAGAGUUCGAGAACGAAAAGCAAAAAACCCAGUGAAGCUUUUCAGAGAACAAAAUAGAAAAGAAAAAAGAAAAAAGAAACAACAGGGAGAAGUGAAUGUUCCUGAUAGAAACUUGAGAGAAAAGUAGUGAGAAAUGGAAGCGAAUGGGGAUGAGGGUGUAAGAAAGGGGCCAUGGAAGGCAGAGGAAGAUGAAGUGCUAUUAAACCAUGUGAAGAAGUAUGGCCCCAGAGACUGGAGCUCCAUUCGAUCCAAAGGCCUCUUGCAGAGGACCGGAAAGUCGUGCCGUCUUCGUUGGGUCAAUAAGCUUAGACCCAACUUGAAGAAUGGCUGCAAAUUUUCAUUAGAGGAGGAGAGGGUGGUGAUAGAGUUGCAGGCACAGUUUGGGAACAAAUGGGCGAAAAUCGCAACCUAUCUGCCGGGAAGAACCGAUAAUGAUGUGAAGAACUUUUGGAGUAGCAGGCAGAAAAGGCUAGCGAGGAUUCUGCAGACUUCAGCAACACCCUCCAAACCACAGAAGAACAAAAGGGAAGCUCAGUCUAGCCACGGUUGUUGUCAAGGGUCCAAUAAUUGUCCUGCUCUGGAGGCUCCAAAGUUCAGUUCUUCAUCGGAGGGAGAAUCAUCGGCAAGGGCUCAGUCAUGCUCAUCAUCCUGCUUGGAGAACUCUGAAAUGAUCAGAAUGGUUCCACUACCAGAUCUUGUUAACCACAAGUUGCUUAAUUUUGACACUAGCCUUAUUCAUCACGAGUUCUCCCCAGCCAAGAAGAGCCCAUUCAUUGAGUCCCAAGUACAACAAAUCCCAUUUUCUCAAAUUCCACAACCCCAACCAGACAUCACAUUUUCACCAGAAAGCCAAGAACUCUUGGCCAGACUUGAAGACCCCAGUAUUUUUGAUUUGUUUGGAACACUGGAUGCUUCUGGACUUGGAAAUGGAGCUCAGCUUCCCAUUGGAACUCAAUUAUUUGAACCCGUAGGAAGUUGCAGAAAUGGUGCCAAGGAAAAAAUUGACAAUCCCAUUACCCCGGACAACAUCUUUGAUGACUUCCCAACCGACGUGUUCGAUCAUAUUGAGCCAGCUCCAAGCUCUCCGGACCUAUAAAUUGUCCGUGCCAUUGUUGUUGUUUCGGUGUUACGGGUGUCAGUAAUUCGUACUUGGUUUAUUGGCUAGAAAUACAAGGUCCUUGUGGCGUACAAAUACUGCAUGUAAUUGCAAUUAUUGGUUCUAAACUCUCUCUACUCUAUGAAUGGGAAUUUUCCUUCCUAGUUUUUCAGUC